UGCAACAAAGGCUGCAGUGCAUGGUUACAGAGAGAUGAGAGAGGCUCUUUAUGACAUAAUGACUGAUGAGGAAAACAAGGCUGUGGCUUGGAGUGAAGUAUGUAAUUUAUAUGAAAAAAUGGGUGAAUUAGAAAUAGCCAUUUAUGCUACAUUUUGAAGUGACAUCCUAGAAAGAUUCAAUGCAACAAACCAUAUUCUACAAGAUCCUAAAACGGUUCUCAGUACUGCAGUGAAAGCACCCCAAGUCUUUGAAAACAUUUAUUGAAACAAAGAGAGAAAAAUAUGAGGAAUAUGAAGCAGCUGAAUCAGACUUUCUGGAACAGAAGAAUAUACUGAAGUUCGCCAUUGUGUGAGGAACGUGCAUCUUAAUCCACUUGAUUAUGGUAAAGCAGAGGAUGCCCAGAUGAGUCCCAAGGUCAAGUUUUGUGCAAACAGUUUCCUUCCAGUUAUUGACCAAAUUGUCCAAUCUCUGAGAGACAGAACAGCUGCUUAUGAUGAUGUAUGUGAGCGCUUUGGGGAUUCCUCAAUUGCCCAGAUGAUGUGGAUGCUGAUGAGAUCAAUUCAGCCGCAACUGUCUUGUGAGUUUUUACAAAGGUGACCCAGAGCCCAGUCUCAAAGAUGAACUCGUUCGUUUUGUUGAAUUGGUAAAACUCGUGACAAAAAAGACAAUGAAAAAUCCCAAAAAGAACUCUACUUCUACAAAAUUCUCCUUGACAGUAGUUUACGGGCAACUUUUCGUAAUGUUGAAAUCUUGUUGAGAAUCUAUUUAAUAUUAAUGGUGUCCAAUUGUAGUGGUGAAAGGUCAUUUUCUAAGAUGAAAAUAAUAAAAAACCGACUGAGAACGUCAGUAAGCCAGAGUCGUCUUUCAUGGUUGGCUAUAAUGAGUAUUGAAAGGGAUAUUCUUCGGGAAAUAGAUUUUGAGACAAUAAUUACAACUUUUGCCUGUCAGAAAGUACGUAACCUGCUCUGUUCCUGUAAAUUAGUUAAAUAAUAAUAAUGUAGAAGCUUCCUUGGUGUUUCCCUAGCUACGGUACUUCCUAUAUGUGGAGACUAUAGUAUAUAUUCUAUAAUACCUACUUAAUCUGAAUUCUAACGGCCGUAUGCUAAGAGAAAAUAUAGGGCCUUCUUUACACCCUAAGGAAAGUGUAGGGAAGCCCUAUAUUUUUCGGUGCUAUGUUUAAAGCAUCUUAUAGGAAAGGGUGUGGUUGGUAUUCCUGCUGAGAGGGCGUCUGUUGUCCUCUAAACAGUUGGUAUGCAGGAGAAACGUUUGUUUACAUUUAUGAGCAGUAAAUACAAAGUCGGGUACACGUGUGUCGCACAUUCCUGAAGAUGAAGAGACUGCUAAAAUCCUUAUUAUCACAAGUGAUGACCUUGAUGGUGAGGAGAAUGAACUGGACUGUGAUGCACUUCAGAGUACUGGUAAGUCCUACUUUGAUAAUUCUACAGAGAGCUCUGCUUGGAUGUUUUGCAUAUUUUAUUGAUUUCCAUACAAAUUUUUUGUUUCUCUAUUCAUUUUUUCCCAUAAAAUUGAGAGGAAAUCACUUGUUUUAAGCAUAUCCCCUACCUAUCAAUUUGUAAAGAAGUUAAAUUAGCUCCUAUUUGGUAAUAUUCUUGUAAGUCGUAAGGAUGCAUUUAAUGUAGUUGAAAUUAUUGAAGAAAAGUUGUUUAUGUUGGCCUAAAAUGUAAGGUUAUAAAGGUGGAACUCUGUUGAAUAAAAAAGGGGGCCUGGGGGGUACAGCCCCCAACUAGGAAAUAACCAAUUUAGUGCCAGGUUAGGUAAGUGUCUUAUGUUAGGUUAGUGCCCCAGACUAACCUAAAAUACCUAGCUAACCUCCUAACCUGUCAUUGAAUUAAUUUCCUAGGUGGGUGGCUGUGCACCCCCCACUUAGCUGCCAAGGGGGUCUAGGCAAAUCCUCUCUUCUUGUCACAUUUGGGAUUAUCUCAGAUUUCACCAUAACCUAACCUUUUUUGUGAAUUAAUAAACUUACUGCACAAGAAUCAUGUCUAACAUGGUGUGACCCAAAACUGUGUGUUAUUAUUAGGAUUAGGUAAAUCAUUCAUUACUUCAAUAUUUGCUUUACUUUUAUGGAAUCUUUUAUAGAAUUAGGAGGAAUUAGUAGCCCUACAGUUUGCAAAAGUAAUGUUUUCCAGUACAAUCAUAGCAUUACUUUUUUUUCUGUCGUUUCAGGUCAACCACAUACUGUGAUUGGUAUCAGAAAUGAUGGGCAACACACUAACAACUCUAUAGACUCCAUCAUAACACCUCCCAAACUCACCUCAACUGAAUUCAACACAACACAGAGCACACCAGCUGGCAAAGUCUCCUCGCAAGAAGCUAACAUGACACAGGAUACUCAAACAAACACACCCACCUCUAUACACUUUAAUGCCAGAGACAUCACAACAGAAUACACACCAACACCUGGCCAAUCAAAUUUUACCUCAGCCCGAAAGUGCCGACAAACAACAAAGUUCUCUCAAGAGGAAGAGGUCAGCUUUGAAGCGUCUCUUGAGAUGCAACGGAAGGAACAUGAGAGGACAAUGGACAAACAAAAGAAAAUUAAAAAAGAAAAUGAGGAUGCAAACCUUCAUCUCCAGGCUCAUCAAAUCUGGGUUGAUGUAGGCAAGAAGCUGUUGAAAGUAACAGGGGAACUAGGACAGAUAACUCAGAUUUAAGUUUAUUGAUCAACAAGGAAGACUUUCUGAGUGCACAGCCAUUAACCACACAAGGCUUUGGCUAUGUAUGGCAUGGAGUGAGAGCCACAUACGGUUUCACAAGGGGAAGAAUCUUCUAUGAGGUGAAGGUUUUGGACUGUUUGCCUGUACCGCACCAGGAAGAAGAUGAGCAACACCCCCACGUGGUUCGUGUUGGUUGGUCAAUCGAUGAGGCUGGUUUGACACUUGGGGAAGAUCCCUUCAGUUACGGAUAUGGUGGCACUGGGAAGGCUUCCACCAAUUUGAAGUUCAAGGACUAUGGGAAAACGUUUGGUAAAGGUGACGUUGUCGGCUGUUACCUUGAUUUGGAAGCCGAACCCAUUGUUAUGUUGUUCGCUGUCAAUGGGGAGAACCAGGGGGUGGCAUACGAGAUCUUGCGUAGCACGCUCGGUGAAAGGGCCCUGUUUCCACACAUUGCGACCAAAAAUUGCAGUUUUAAGGUUAACUUUGGUGCUGAAGAUCCAUGGUUUACUCCUUUGACAAGAUAUACUUAUGUGGGCCACAUAUCACUGCAAGGUCGAGUUUUGGGUGGACAAGGACCAGCAACUAGAGAAGAAGCUGAGGCAGUCAUGGCCAUCGCACGUGACGAGCAUCUAUCGCUGUCAACAGUAUCCACCAUCAACAAGGAUGAGAAACUGAUAGGGGAUGCUGUAAAGGCACCUGCUUUGAUUCAUUCGACGAUUAUAACAAAGAAGAGGACAGGGCCUUUGGAAGAAAUGGAGCAGUUACUGGUCACGUGGAUGGAGGACCAGAUACAAAAGUGUAUGCCACUCAGCCUCUUGACCAUUCAAGCAAAGGCACACUUGCUUUUUGAAGAACUAAAGAAGCACUAUGAUGAUACCCACAACAAAAAUUUUGUAGCAAGUCGUGGAUGGUUUCAUCGUUUCAAAACCCACCAUAAUUUUCAUAGUGUGAACUUUAGCAGUGACACUGCAAGUGCUGAAGCUGCUAAAUUUAAGGAUAUUUUUCUUAAGUUCAUUCUUAAUGAAGGUUACUUGCCGGGACAGAUCUUUAAUGUCGACAAAACAGGGCUGUAUUGGAAGCGUAUGCCUGAAUGGUCCUACAUCCACAAAGAGGCAAAAACGAUGCCCAAGUUGAAGACAUUCAAAGAUAGACUGACUCUUCUGCUUGGGGGAAAUGUGACUGGUUAUAAACUCAAGCCAUUCAUGAUUUAUCACUCUGCAAAGCUGGGGUCAUUAGCAAAAGGCAAACAUACGCUUCAUGUGCAUUACAGGCAUAAUAAGAAAGCACAGAUGACUGCACUCCUAUUCGAAGACUGGUUUAUGCAUUGCUUUAUUCCAGAAGUGAAAGAUUAUUGUAGGGAAAACAGCAUCCCCUUCAAAAUUCUGCUGGUUUUGGACAGUGCUCCCUGCUACCCCCAGCACAUUGGAGAUAUUAACAAAAAUGUAAAAGUUGUGUUUCUGCCAUCAAACACAACUUCUCUCAUACAACCUAUGAAUCAGGGUGCAUUGGCUAUGUUCAAGGCCUAUUAUCUUCAGAACAUGUUCUCGCAAGCUGUUGAGGCUAAGGAUAACGAGGACAAAGAGCUCAGAACUUUCUGGGAGGAAUUCAGUGUUCUAAAUGCCAUUCUGAAUAUUGGAAGGGCAUGGAAGGAGGUAACAAAAGAGUGUAUGAAUGGGAUUUGGAAAAAUCUGCUAAAAAUGUAUGUAAAUUCAAUUAAAGGUUUUGAUAAGGAUGGAGCAGUAGUGGAAAUUAAUAAAAAGAUUGUCUCACUUGGGAAAUGUUUAGAUUUAGAACUUGAAGAGGAAGAUAUCCGAAAACUCAUAGAUGUACAAGAUGUAGAGCUAAAGGCAGAAGAUUUAAUUGAAUUUGCAGAAGAGGAAGAAGAAAUUGAAGAAGAGCCAGAGCAAAUGUUUACGAUAAAAGCAAUGGCAGAGGCAUUUGCUUCGAUUGAACACGGAAUGAAACUUUUCAGUAAAAUGGAUGUGAACUUGGAACAAUUUGCUGAAGUUGAGAGAGGAGUUAGAGAUGUUCUUGCAUGUUAUCGAGUCAUUUAUGAAAAACGAAAAAAACGUGCUGUGCAAGCUAAUAUGGCUCUACCCUCUCGCGAACUAACAGCUGAAGAGGAACGUAUUGAUGAACCUGCUGCUUUAUCAUCACCAUCCUCCUCUUCCGAUAUUUAGUUCAUCAUAGCCAUCAACAGCCUGACCUCAUUGAAGUACUAUGCAAUUUGUUUGUUUGUAUUAUAAGUUGUUCACUGCCUGUGCAAUCUCCAAUCUGCAUUGAACCACCAGAAUUACCUGAUAUUAAUACAGCAAUUACAGACCAAUUAAAAAUAAAAAGGAAUUGACAGUGUGUUUGUAUAAUUAGUAUGUAGAUUACAUAGUGUAGGCUAGGCUGCCUUCAAGUUAGAUUAUUUUAGAGUAACAUUGGGGACAUUGUAAUACCUCCAUGUUGAAAUUCAAGGGUAGGUUGUGUAUGAAACAAUGCUCAUCUUCAAAAUUAACAAUGUCGCGGAUAAAACUCUGGUCUCUUUGCGAUACCAAAACUUUUUACCUUUUUGCAUUUCAGUGUGUAUACAGGUGAGGAAGCAGGUGAUCAACAAUCUGUUGAAGGUGGGUUAGGGUCUAAGGUUACCUUAGCAUUGCUUGAAGGGUUUGAAAAUGAAGGCCAGGUACUCUUUGUGGAUAAGUGUUAUACAAGUGUAGAGCUGUUUAGUAAGCUAAGGGAGAGAGAAGUUGGUGCUUGUGGCAUUGUUUGUGAAAAUGAAAAGGGUCUGCCCAAGGAAAUGGUAAAAGCUAAAAUGAAGGAGGAGGCAUUCCAAUGAUAUGGACAGAUCGUAAAAAUCAAAUGGUAGCAGCAACUUGGCAGGAUAGUGGCAAAGUGAACAUGUCACCUGUUGGUGAGUCAACUGUGACAGGGGUGACAGUAAAAUAAUAAAAAAAAGUCAAUAGAAUUGCACAUAUAAACCAUUCAUUUAAUCUUAUUAAAAUACAUUUAUGGGAGGGGUAGACAGGUUUUAUCAACUAUGUGCAACAUAUAAUAAUACAUAGUCAGAGGAAUAAGAAAUGGUACCAGGUUAUAUGGCUUUUUGUUAUAGAGGUGGCUUUAGUUUAUGCAAAAAUAGCUUACGAUAUCCAAAAUCAUCAUAAAAAACUAAGUCAGAGGGAAUUUAGAGAACACGUGGUAAAUGGGUUGUUGGAAGGGUAUUCAAAUAGGCCACUGAUUGGUAAGAGGAAAUUGGAGGUGCGGUUAUCAGACAGACUCACGGGCAUGCAUUUCUUUGCUCGGUUUGCAGACAGAAAUACAAACCUGAUUGUAUUGUUUGUAGCAUAAGAAGCAGUGACUGCAUCUUCAAGAAAAAUGGGCAUUGCAAAAGAAGACAGACAACCUAUCAUUGUAAAACUUGCCCCAACAAACCCCCUUUGUGUAUGAUGCCAUGCUUCAAAAUACUAUAUCAUUCUGUAAGCAAGUACAAAAAAAAUCUGGGAAAAAAGUUUUGUUGUAAAAUUUUCUUAAUGAAAAUUCCUAUUUCAUUUUUACUGUAUAUAUUUACUUAGGUCUAUGUAAAAAGAAAAAUAACUUUUAUUUUUUAUAAUGCUCUCAAUUUUCAGUGUGUCCUCUUGUGUAUACAUGAUACUUAGAAAUAUUCUGUUUUAUUUUUGUGCAA